AUGGGCAGCGCGUCGUCGGUGCUGGGCCCGGCGGGCGAGGCCUAUGGCGGCGGGGGCGGCGGGGGCGGGGACGGGGACCCCUGCGACAUCCCGGUGGAGGUGAGGCCCAAGGCCCGGCUGCUGCGCGGCCCUUGCCGCCGGGGCCCCGCGGCGCUGGCGGGGGCCAGCUUCCGCUCCACCGCCUCGUCCGGGCCCGAGGCCGACGGCGCGGCGGCCGAGCUGGACCGGCUGAGGAAGGACUACGACGUCCUCCGGCAGGGCCGCAGCCGGGAGCUGCAGGCCCUGGCGCGACGCGAGGACCGCCUGCACUGCCACAACAAGCGCCUCAGGGCCGAGCUGCAGGCACUUCAGAAAACUUAUCAGAAGAUAUUGCGAGAGAAAGAAAGUGCGUUGGAAGCCAAAUAUCAAGCAAUGGAGAGGGCAGCGACCUUUGAACACGAUAGAGACAAAGUCAAAAGACAGUUUAAGAUUUUUAGGGAAACUAAGGAAAAUGAAAUCCAGGAUUUAUUAAGGGCCAAGAGAGAACUAGAGAGAAAGCUUCAGAGGCUGCAGUCCCAAGGUAUUCAAGUGUUUGAUCCCGGAGAAUCCGAUUCAGAUGAUAACUGCACAGAUGUCACUGCUACUGAAACUCAGUGUGACUAUUGGCCUGGAGGAGCCUUGGGAAGUGAGCCUUCAAUGGGCAGUAUGAUGCACCUUCAGCAAUCUUACAGAGGACCUGAAUUUGCCCACAGUUCUAUAGAUGUGGAGGGACCAUUUGCAAAUGUUACUAGAGAUGACUGGGAUGCUGCCGUAGCUAGUUUAUUACAGGUUACUCCGUUGUUUUCACAUUCUCUUUGGAGUAACACAGUAAGGUGCUAUCUCAUCUGGACAGAUGAAACACAACCUGAAGUGGACAUUUUUCUCAAGGACUACUCGCCGAAACUUCAAAGAAUGUGUGAGACAAUGGGAUACUUCUUUCAUGCAAUUCAUUUUCCAGUAGAGAGUGCAACUCAUUACCUCAGUGCAAAAAAAUGGGAAAUAGAGAAAAGUUCUUUAGUUAUUUUGUUCAUUCAUUUAGCUUUACCAAGCUGUUUGUUGGAGGACUGUGAAGAAGCAUUUUUAAAAAACCCAGAAGGAAAGCCGCGAUUGAUUUACCGCCGAUUGGAAGAUGGCCAGGUUAGCUCAGACUCUGUGCAGCAGUUCGUUGAACAAGUUUGCUACUCGGACCAGGCUAACAAAGCCAAGAUCAUUGAUCAUCAAGGAGAACCUGCAGAAGGCGCUUAUAAAACCUACACUUAUGUGGAAAGCAUUAUUAAGCAGGACUUACUGGGCUUUGAGAGCUCAGAUCUGGAAAUGAAGAAAUCAAAUACUGAAGGAGAUUCUGUCAUCCCAGAAGAGGAAGAUUACGGAGAUGUUCUUUGGGAUGUACAUGAUGAACAGGAGCAGAUAGAAGCUUUUCAGCAGGCUUCUAAUUCAACAUACGAGCUGGGUUUUGAGAAAUAUUACCAGCGCCUCAAUGACCUAGUGGCAGUCCCAGCUCCUAUUCCACCUUUACUUGUUACCGGAGGACCCGGCUCUGGAAAGUCCCUCCUGCUAUCAAAAUGGAUUCAACUGCAACAGAAGCACGCCCCUAACACACUAAUUCUUUAUCAUUUUGUGGGGAAGUCCAUGUCUACCAGUUCAGAGUCUGCCUUGAUAAUUAAACGAUUAAUCUUAAAGCUCAUGCAGCAUACUUGGUCAUUGUCUGCUUUAACCCUGGAUCCUGGUAAGCUCUUGGAGGAAUUUCCUCGCUGGCUAGAAAAACUCUCUGCUCGCCACCAAGGCAGCAUUAUCAUCAUUAUUGACUCUAUUGACCAAAUUCAGCAAGUUGAGAAACAUAUGAAAUGGCUGAUAGAUCCCCUGCCAGUAAAUGUCAGAGUAAUCGUUUCAGUGAAUGUCGAGACUUGUCCUCAGGCAUGGAGAUUGUGGCCCACCCUUCAUCUGGACCCUUUGAAUUCAAAGGAUGCAAAAUCUCUUAUUACUGCAGAAUGCAACUGUGCAGAUAUCAAAUUGACUAAAGAGCAGGAGAAGAAGUUAGAGAGACACUGUCGAUCCUCUACAACCUGCAAUGCUUUAUAUGUAACUCUUUUGAGUAAAAUGAUCACGUGGGCUGGAAGAGGACGUGAUAUUGAUGAAGUUCUUAAACAGUGUUUCCAGUGUCAAGACACAGUGUCAUUAUAUAGGUUAGUUCUGCAAACAGUUCAGGAGUCCAUGAUGACUAUAAAGGAAAAAGAGCUAAUGAAAGAGAUUCUCUGCCUAGUCAGUGUUAGCCACAAUGGAGUGAGUGAAUCAGAACUGAUGGAACUCUACCCUGAACUGACCUGGGCAGUACUGACCUCACUUGUUCACAGUUUGAACAAGAUGUGUCUGUUGACAUAUGGUUGUGGUUUGUUGAAGUUUCAACAUCUUCAGGCCUGGGAAACAGUAAGACUGGAAUAUAUGGAAGAAGGCCAAAGUAUUAUUUCCACAUACAGGGAAAAACUAAUAAACUAUUUCACCAUGCAGCUAAGGCAGGACAGAGUGACUUGGAGAAGUGCAGAUGAACUCCCUUGGCUUUUCCAACAAAAAGGAGACAAGCAGAAGCUGCAUGAGUGUUUGCUGAACCUCUUUGUGUCCCAAAAUCUUUACAAGAGAGGUCAUUUUGCAGAAUUACUGAGCUACUGGCAGCUUGUCGGGAAAGACAAGAGCACCAUGGCAGCAGAGUAUUUUGAUUCUUUAAAACAAUAUGAGAAAAACUGUGACGCGGAAGAAAGUUUAAUUUGUUUGGCUGAUCUUUACGAGACCUUGGGACGCUUUCUCAAAGACCUAGGUCUUCUCAGUCAGGCUGUUGCUCCUUUGCAGAGGUCCCUAGAAAUUCGUGAAACAGCUCUGGAUCCGGAUCACCCAAGAGUGGCCCAGUCCCUCCACCAGCUAGCAGGGGUUUAUGUGCAAUGGAAGAAGUUUGGCAGUGCUGAACAAUUGUAUAAACAGGCCCUAGAAAUCUCUGAGAACGCUUAUGGCUCUGAGCACUCACGGGUGGCUCGUGACCUCGAUGCCCUGGCAACACUGUACCAAAAGCAAAACAAAUAUGAACAAGCUGAACAUCUGAGGAAAAAAUCAUUUAAAAUUAGACAGAAAGCUGCAAGGAGAAAAGGCAGUUUGUAUGGAUUUGCCCUUCUUCGUCGUCGGGCCCUGCAGUUAGAAGAACUUACCUUGGGCAAAGACACGGCUGAUAAUGCUCGGACACUCAACGAGCUGGGAGUUCUGUAUUAUUUACAAAAUAACCUUGAGACAGCCGAUCUGUUCCUCAAGCGCUCCUUAGAAAUGAGGGAGCGGGUCCUUGGACAAGACCACCCUGAUUGUGCGCAGUCUCUAAACAAUCUUGCAGCCCUCUACAAUGAGAAGAAACAAUACGAUAAAGCAGAGGAGCUCUACGAAAGAGCUCUAGACAUUCGGAGGCGAGCUUUGGCCCCAGACCACCCUUCCCUGGCUUACACAGUGAAACACCUCGCAGUUCUCUACAAAAGGAUGGGGAAAUUUGAAAAGGCCGUGCCUUUGUAUGAAUUGGCCGUAGAAAUACGGCAGAAAUCUUUUGGCCCGAAGCACCCUAGUGUAGCGACUGCGUUGGUGAAUCUGGCUGUGCUUUACUGCCAAAUGAAAAAGCAUAUCGAAGCCCUGCCCCUCUAUGAGCGUGCUUUAAAGAUUUAUGAAGAUAGCCUGGGUCGAGUGCAUCCUCGAGUCGGAGAAACACUAAAAAAUUUAGCCGUACUUCGCUAUGAAGAGGGAGACUUCGAAAAAGCCGCCGCACUGUACAAAAGGGCCAUGGAAAUAAAAGAAGCUGAAGCCUCACUUUUAGGAGGAAAAGCCCUGUCACAGCACUCCUCAAGCGGGGAUACAGUCAGUUUAAAAACAACCGUGACUCCAGACGUUUUUCUUGACGGAGAAGAAGGAAACUGAUUCAACAACGUGGCGGUCACAGACCAACCAACUUGCCCCAGCCCUCUCUCGCAACUGCACUUUAGUACCGAAAAGGAGCCAAACCUACGCCUUUGAUGUUGAAAACUUGGAAGGACAAAAAAAAUUCAAUUUUUAAAAAUGUUCUUUUCCUGGCUGUCAUGUUAUGUUUCACGUUCAUCUAGGAACAGGCACCGAUUUGGACUCUGGCAACUUUUGGAGGUGUCCAGAGAGACUAAACAGGUACUUUUUAAAUGAUUCACUUGUAGGUUUUUAAAUGCAGAGUAAUUUCCUAAUUAUAUCCUCCAGGAGAUGAAAAUUCCAAAAAUGAGAUUCUUCCUUUUGCUAAAGCAAAAUGCCGGCACAAUCUGUAAAUCGGGAGACUCAGGGUGUUUUCGCCCUAGUUCCAGCCUCCUUUGUAGCCCACGUAAAGCUAGUUAGGUUCUCCCUCCUUCAGCUUACUCCACUUCAUAAAAUAAAAUCAGCUUAUGCACGUAACCUACCUCUCACAAGUAUUCUGAGGCUUUAUGGGAUGAUGUUUCUUAAUGUUUUGAUUUCUUUUCAUGAAAGUCCUUUUAAAAUAUAGGGCAUUGUGGCCUAGUAAGCUCUUUGCGGGCAUGGGACCUGUUUGCCACCUGUUAUACUCUCCCAAGGGCUUAGUGCGUUGCUUUGCACACAGUAGGCGUGCCAUACCAUCUGUUGGUUGAUAGUAGAAAGAGCUCAGCCUUGUCCCAGCUUUUCUUCCCAGUUCUGCCCCCGUAGGACCUUGGGCAAGAUAAAAAUCCCCUAAGCCUUUUGGACACCUUCUCGGGGAGAUGGGGAGGGGAAGAGUAUGUUUUCAUUUCGAAGUCCUGGAUAAACCAUGGUCUAUGCCUCAGGCUCACCACCCAAUCCCAACCUCUGGGAGCCUGUUUGCUGGUACCUGCUCUCUCCCUUUUAAAGACUGAGUCUGUGUAGGAUAGGGACCGCGAUGGACAUGGUUAUCUUGUAUCGAGCAGAAGGCUUAAAACUCUCAAAAUGUCAUUUAUUGCAGAGCCGAUUUUUCUGACUCUUCGAUCAUUUGCAACGGUUUGGAGGAAAGUGCCACAUCCCACCUAACUCUUAUUUAGGGCUCUGCUUUUUAAGCUAAAGGAGCAGUCGGUUUGGCAUGGUUUACUUAGCAAAUAGUGGUCUGUGGCUUAUUUUCUUGGGAUGCCUGCUCCCUGACCCGAGCUCCACUGUGUUGACUGCUUGCACUUCUGCAGGCCACCCUAAGAGAUCAGAGGGGUGCGGGAACAGGGAUGGAGUCGGUUCACCGCUCCGACAUCAGUAUUUUUCAGAGGCAAAAGGAGGUGAGGCGGAGGCUCUUGUGGGAUUGUUCCUGAAAUGGCGCUUGUAUCCUUCGUCUGGGAAAAAUACUCACUCCUCGAGUAGGCAGUGCCUGGGACUCUAAUUGAAGUCCUAAAAUGAGCUUUUAAAGUUUAUUUCUUCCCCAGUGCCCAAGAUGUUUCUGUAUCACCUACUAGUUUCUAGACAUUUUGAAAUCCUACUCACGGUUUCUGUUUUUGACAAUCUUUUACUGACCCUUGAAAAAUGUAUUUACCCAAAAUGUAAAUUUAAUUAUCCUCAUUAGUCUUAUCAUUUACCUCUCUGAAUUGACUUUCUUGUUGCCCUAAAAAAGCAGUAGCCUAAAGAUGACUGUAUGAAGUCGAGAACCUUGUUACAUGUGAAAUAUUUUUCUGUAUAUUUUCUAUCUUUGUAUAUAGUUUUCAUAUUUGUAAAAUUUCAAUUGGCCUUAACGGAAGAGGUGGAAAAACAUGAUUCUACACUGUUCUGAAAUGAAAAUAAAUUGUUGUUUGACUCCUC